CAAUUUUUCUCUCUUGGUUAAGAGAAGCAGAAUGGAGGUACUAAGUGGCAUUUUGCUCUUCUGCUUUGCUGUGUUUAGUAUAUUUAUUGGAAGUGCACGUUCAUCUGUUCUUAACGUUGUUGAUUUUGGUGCCACUGGAGAUGGCCAAACCGAUGAUUCUAUGGCUUUUCUACAAGCAUGGAAAGCUUUAUGUGGAGCUGCACCGGCUCAGAAUGUCCCAAUCCUCAUGGUACCUGCAGGGAAGACAUUUUUACUACAGCCUGUGGAAUUCUCAGGUCCCUGCUCGUCUAGCGCGGUUUCUGUUCAGGUUUUAGGAAACAUAGUAGCACCUAGAAGUAUCGAUGCAUGGAAAUUUGGGCAAUCAGAAAGCUGGUUAUCAUUCUCACAUGUUCUCAAUCUCACUAUUUUUGGUACAGGACAAAUUGAUGGCCAGGGUUCAGCCUGGUGGUCUCAUUCACAAUCCAACGACUUAAAAGUAUUAAUCUACUUUGUAUCAUCUUCUUUAGAAGUCCUUUCAUCAUUUUCUUUUAAAUAUAAAUUGAUGAUAAUUUUAAAAAUUUCCAGGAAACUAAUAACAAGAAUUACAAUCGCUCUACACUUCAACCAAUGUAACAACCUUACACUAACAGGUCUCACUCAUAUUAACAGUCCCAAAAGUCAUAUAUCAUUAAGUGGUUGCACUGGUGUGAUGAUCUCACAUCUUAAUAUAAUUGCACCAAAGGAAAGCCCUAACACCGAUGGAAUUGACGUCUCUCGGUCAAGCCAUGUCAAGAUUUUACACUCUAACAUUGCAACUGGGGAUGACUGUGUUGCUAUCAAUGGUAAUUCCUCCAACAUCAGAAUUAUCGAUGUCGUAUGCGGUCCAGGUCAUGGCAUCAGCGUAGGAAGUCUAGGAGCAAAUGGAUGCUCUGAUACUGUGGAAGAGGUGCAUGUCCAAAAUUGUACUUUCAAUGGAACUCAAAAUGGAGUAAGAAUCAAGACAUGGCAGGGUGGACAAGGGUUUGCAAGGCUGAUCUCUUUUGAGCAUAUCACACUAAUAGCAUCCAAAAACCCUAUAAUAAUCGACCAGUAUUACUGCGAUGGGAAACACGACUGCAAAAAUGAGACAACAGCAGUAUCAAUAAGUGAUGUAACAUAUAGUGACGUGAGAGGAACUUCAGCACAAAAGGAAGCCAUUAGAUUGGAUUGCAGUGAAAUAGGGUGCACCAACGUUGUAAUGACUGGAAUCUACAUAACCCCAUCAGGAACAUCAGUUCAUCAGACUGAUGCCUAUUGCCAAAACGUUAAAGGAACUUUCAAUAAUGUUACACCUGAUGUCAAUUGCCUAUCAGGAUCAUCAUGAUGGCAGUAAUUUAACCCCAGUUUUUUUAACUACUGUUUUAUAUAAUCCUGCAAUGU